UUGAAAAUGGCUUCCACCACCGCAACCGCUCAAGAAGCCGCCGAAUUUCUUGAAGAUAAGGCGUUAGCUGAGGAGGACUUACUUGAUGAAGAUGAUGUCCCAGCACAUAUCUUGGAAGCUCGCUUCAAUGAACUGAAACAGAGAGCCGAAGCAUUCAAGCAGUUUCAAGAGAAGGGCCAUGGCCAUUACACAACCAUAGAUGAAGAAAAGAAAUUCUUACAUUUGACAACAUCAGAGUCGAGAUGUGUCGUACAUUUCUUCCAUACAGAUUUCAGAAGAUGUGCAAUAGUCGACACUCAUCUGAAGAAAUUGGCAGAGAAGCAUUUUGAGACAAAGUUUGCAAAAAUUGAUGUCAAGGUUGCCAAGUUCUUUGUUGAGAAGUUAAAGAUUAAAGAACUGCCAGCCAUUCUUUGCUUUGUUGAUGCAAAGGUCAAAGACAAAAUUAUUGGUUUUUCUGACCUUGGAAACACAGACAGCUUCAGUACUGAAAUGUUGGAGCGGAGACUUGGAAAAUCUGAAGUGAUAACUGUUGAAGACGUAGAUGAAGAAGAGGAGCGAAGAAAAAAGACAAUUUAUGGAUUCAAAAAGAAUAGGGGAGCCAAUGAUGAUAGCAGUGAUGAUGAUGAUUAUUAGCAUGAACAUUGUAGAGAUUUCAUGGCUGCGCCAUAAAUCAAUGAGGACACAACAGCUGUUCUAAACAUUUUCAUGGCUAUAUCUAUAGGGACAACAUUCUAAAUGUUGGUCAUUACAAAGAAACUUCAUAUUCUGUCAGGCCUGGCCAUAACUGGGACUUCAUCUGUUCAUUUUCCGAUGAAGGGGAAUAAUAGCUUUGUUCAUUGAUGAUGCAUUUGACUACAGGUAUGCAACAUAUCUUCCGAUUUGAUUCUGGGCAUGUAUUCAGGUUCAAUCUCCUGUGGAAUCCUUGAACUGCCUUGGAGCGGCAUUCUGUAAAAUUCAUACUGAAAAAAGUCCUUCAUAAUCUAGGACAUGUGUUUGCUUGGUAAAGUACAAAAUCUAUAACAACUUCUUGUCGAUGAAAUUAUGUACAAUUUCUUCAUGAAUAUUUUUAUUGUGUUUUCUCUACAUGCAUAUUA